GCGCUUCUAGCAUGAUGUCAUACCUCAAACAGCCCCCGUACGGCAUGAACGGCCUGGGGCUGAGCGGGGCCGCCAUGGACCUGCUGCACCCCUCCGUCGGAUACCCGGCGAACCCGAGGAAGCAGCGGCGGGAGAGAACCACGUUCACCCGGACCCAGCUCGACAUCCUGGAGUCUCUCUUCGCCAAGACCCGCUACCCGGACAUCUUCAUGAGGGAAGAAGUGGCCCUGAAGAUCAAUCUACCCGAAUCCAGAGUCCAGGUGUGGUUCAAGAACCGGCGGGCCAAGUGCCGGCAGCAGCAGCAAAACGGCACCAACGCUAAGGCCCGGCCGGCCAAGAAGAAGUCGUCGCCGGCGCGCGAGAGCACGGGCUCGGAGAGCAGCGGACAGUUCACCCCCCCUGUGGUCUCCAGCGCCGGAUCGUCCUCAUCCUCCAGCUCAAACUCCUCCAACAGCAGCAGCAACAACAACAACAACAACAACAACAACAACAACUCUGGCAUCAGCAGCACUUCGACUUCCAUCAGCACGCCAGUCUCCUCCAUCUGGAGUCCGGCUUCCAUCUCGCCUGGCUCUGGCCCGACGUCCAUCCCCGUGCCUGACCCUGUGCCCCCAACCAGCACGUCCUGCAUGCAGCGAUCGGUCUCGGGGGCAGCCGGGUCCUCCUACCCAAUGUCCUACAACCAGACCCCUGGCUAUAGCCAGGGAUACCCUACUGCGUCGGGCUCCUACUUCAGCGGGGUCGACUGCAGUUCCUACCUUGCCCCUAUGCACUCGCAUCACCACCCGCACCAGCUCAGUCCCAUGGCGGCACCCUCCAUGUCCGGACACCCGCACCACCACAUCAGCCAAUCAUCUGGACACCACCACCACCAUCACCACCACCACCAGACCUACAGUGGGGCAGGUCUGGCCUUCAACUCCUCAGACUGCCUGGAUUACAAAGAUCAGACGGCCUCCUCUUGGAAACUCAACUUCAACGCUACAGACUGCUUGGACUACAAAGACCAGGCAUCCUGGAGGUUCCAAGUCUUGUGA